UACCGGGAGCCGCGCGUGCGCAGAGGGAAAGCGGAAUCUACACCUUCCCCGCCAGCGGUAGCAACUGCAGAACUGCAGGAGACAAUCUUUCUAGACAAGGCAGUUGAAGAGGAGGGAGCGAUUUGAAGGGGGGGUUGACUUGGCGUGCACUUCGCCCCUCGGUAACGUUAUUGCGCGUGGAACGGCUGCUUUUGGAAGGCUAUUGCCCAGAAGAAAAGAUGUUUGGUUUUCACAAGCCAAAGAUGUACCGAAGUAUAGAGGGCUGCUGUAUUUGCAGAGCUAAAUCCUCCAGUUCUCGAUUCACUGACAGUAAACGCUAUGAAAAGGAUUUCCAGAGCUGUUUUGGGUUACAUGAGACUCGUUCAGGAGAUAUCUGUAAUGCCUGUGUCCUGCUUGUGAAAAGAUGGAAGAAAUUGCCAGCAGGAUCAAAAAAAAACUGGAAUCAUGUGGUAGAUGCAAGGGCAGGACCCAGUCUAAAGACUACACUGAAACCAAAGAAAGUGAAAACUCUAUCUGGAAACAGGAUAAAAAGUAACCAGAUCAGUAAACUGCAGAAGGAAUUUAAACGCCACAAUUCUGAUGCUCACAGUACAACCUCAAGUGCCUCUCCAGCUCAGUCUCCCUGUUACAGUAACCAGUCAGAUGAUGGCUCAGAUACAGAGAUGGCUUCUGGCUCUAACAGAACGCCAGUGUUUUCCUUUUUAGAUCUCACAUACUGGAAAAGACAGAAAAUAUGCUGUGGCAUUAUCUAUAAGGGGCGUUUUGGGGAAGUCCUCAUCGACACACAUCUAUUCAAGCCUUGCUGCAGCAAUAAGAAAGCAGCUGCUGAGAAGCCGGAGGAGCAGGGGCCAGAGCCUCUGCCUAUCUCCACUCAGGAGUGGUGACUAAGCUUUAUGUAGAAGGGGAGCAAAAACGACAUAAAUUUUGGAAAACAAAGCAACAAAAUGACCCUCCUAUUUUUAAUUUGGAUACCUGCUAUUCUGCCAAAAGAUGGAUUUGUAGAAUAGUUUUGAAUGGGUUAUUUUUCCUCCAGUUCCACAAACUCUGAAGCCAGUGAAGCUUACUAAGAGAUAAAAAAGAAGUGUACAUAAUAUUUAAGAUGCUGAGUAUUUCAUAGGAAAGCUGAAUGCUGCUGUAAAGUGCUCUUUAAGUCUUUUUUUAAAAAUCCCCUUCUAAUGAAUGAAAUUAGGGGAAUUUUCAGGGGACAGAGAUGGGAUUUGUUGUAUGAUAAACGUAUGUAGUUUUAGUCUUUCUAUUUUGAGAAGCAGUGGUUGGGGCAUUUUUUAAGAUGGCUGGCUACACUUGUUUUCCUUCAUUAUAAUAAAUUCGUCAUAACUCAGUAAACAUGGACUUGCCCCUAGAGGUAGUUGUUAAUAACUGAAAUCUUAAGGUCUUGCCGAGGUUCUGGUGAUUCAAACCUGUACUACUGAAUAUUAAGCAGGACAGACAGCUCUCUGGUGCGACUAUCUUGAAGGAGUAAUUUCUAAAUAUGCAGAGGUAACUUGACUGUAUAUGUUGCAUCCUGUGUCACCUCCCUCCAUAUUGAUAUUUGAUACAGAUUUUAAUUUAUAUGAAACUUAAAAAGCAGAAUCAAAACUGAAAGCAGAAUUAAAGUUCCUCUUGAGGAAAUGUCAAGUCUUUAGGAUAAGCAAUCCUAUAUGAAUAGUACCAAAGCAUUACCACUUGGUAGAGAACAUUCUCUAUUAAAAACAUUAGAUUAUCUGAAAAAUAACAAUGUGCACGUCUUUAGGAUGGCACACGAGAAAAACAAAGGUCAGUGCUUCUUGGGGCACGUUUCUUAGAGGGCUUGCAAGUGUGUAAAUAAUUUGUUUGUGUUACGUGACUGGUGACUUCACUGAAAAUCUGCACAAUUCAGUUUUAGCUCUGGAUUUCUUCAGUUGACCUUUGUGAAGGUUUUAUCUGUGUAGAAUGGUUGUUUGACUUGUUUUAACCUGUUAGGGUUUUGGGAUUUUUUUUUUUUUCCAUUCUAUAUUAAAGUAAAAUUCUACUAAAAGAAAAGAGGUGUGUGUUAAUGCUGAGUGGGUUGGUUUUGGUUUGGCUUCUUUUAGUCAGGCUUUCUGAACAUUGAGGUGUUAGAUGAUACAUCCUAAAUGUGGAGUUCUUCCAUUCUAAAACCUUCAUUAAAAGCCUUUUACUUGAACCCAAACCAAAGUACUAUCUAUUGCCUCUUUUCUAAAAGUACAGGAAAAAUAUAUCACCUGUUUUCAUAAUGAGGAAGCAUCGUUUGCCUCCCUGGUAAAACAUGACUCAGUACUUAUUUUUAAAACUGGAUUUUAAAGAUUGGAUAGUAUACAUAACAAGAGAGUGAGCCACUUUUUAUGGGCACCCUAUAGUUUUAUAGUUCUUAAUUGAAACUUAAAGUUUUAUAUUUCUUCCUUUGGAAAAAACUACAAGCCACCAUAUGCACAGACUACACAGUGAGUUGGGCCAGUGCUCCCGCAGACUUUGAGGUGUAUUACAAGAACCCCAGCCAUUAUCAUCUUCCUCCUGAGUUAUUUUGAAAUUUUUUUUUGUACAUUUUGGCUGCAGUAUUGGUGGUAGAAUAUACUAUAAUAUGGAUCAUCUCUACUUCUGUAUUUAUUUAUUUAUUGCUAGACCUCAACCACAGUCUUCUUUCCCCCUUCCACCUCUCUUUGCCUGUAGGAUGUACUGUAUGUAGUCAUGCACUUUGUAUUAAUAUAUUAGAAAUCUACAAAUCUGUUUUGUACUUUUUAUACUGUUGGAUACUUAUAAUCAAAACUUUUACUAGGGUAUUGAAUAAAUUUAGUCUUAUUAGAAAAUAAAA